UGUUUUCGGACUUGUCAUGACUCGAUUGGUUAGAAAGCGAGUCGGCGUUUGAAUGGGACUCUCCGUAUCCAUCUUUCUGUUAUGUAGAUAAAUGCGAGCUUUGACGAUGGGGCAAUUAAAAGUUACAGCCGUCCUUCUGGAUUUGGUUUUAUUUUGUGUCAUGUUUACUCAGUGCGGUGGUCGUGAUGUGGAUUCGAGCUAUGUCACGUGCGGAUCUCUUGUUAAACUGAUGAACACCCGGCACAGCGUCAGACUCCACUCGCAUGAUGUCAAAUACGGCUCAGGUAGUGGGCAGCAGUCAGUAACUGGUGUGGAUUUGGCAGAUGAUGCCAACAGUUACUGGCGUAUCCGUGGGAAACCCGAUGAACCUUGCCAACGAGGAGUACCCAUUCAAUGUGGUCAGGCCAUACGAAUCACACACAUGAAGACGGGCCGCAACUUACACUCGCAUCACUUCACCUCUCCACUAUCCAGCAACCAGGAAGUGAGUGCAUUUGGGGAAGAUGGAGAAGGUGAUAGUUUAGAUGUAUGGAUAGUACAGUGCAGCGCAACAUUCUGGGAGCGAGACGAUGCCGUGCGAUUCAAACACGCCGGCACUGAGGUUUUCCUCAGUGUUACUGGAGAACAGUAUGGUCAUCCAAUCAGAGGCCAGCGUGAGGUCCAUGGAAUGCCGUCGCCCAAUCACCAUAACUACUGGAAGGUAAUGGAGGGCGUUUUCAUUCAGCCCAGCAGUGAUCCAAUGCGCCAUGAUGAACUCUGAUGAUGGGCUGAUGGAGACAGACCGCGCUGUACUCUGAACAACGAAGAACUCGACUCACGGCCGCUGUGAAAUCUUUCUUAUUUAAACCUUCAGUUUCUUAGGGAAUGUACAUUUGUUGGUCAAACCACUCUCGUAGUGCAGCAAAUUUGUAACUUUUACAAUUGUUUUGGACUCGGUUUGUUUAUUGUUUCGUCGUUUUCUUAAGAUUGGGACGUUUUGGUUUGUAUAGAAAAUGAAUUAAAAUGACAAACUUGUACUUGAUUGUGGACCGCAAA